AUUAUUUUUUUAUGCGUUUCCGGACGAGCUGCAGAGCGGCAGAACUGCUCUCACUGAGCGGAGAGGAGCCGAAGUGAGCGUGUGAACGCACACAUCGUGACAACACCAGCACAGUCUCCCUCUCCUGAUUGUGUAAUAUAGAUUUUUUUUUCUCUUCCUUCCUCCUCUCUUCCUACAAAAGCGAGCAAACCCGCAUCCAUCCGUGAGCGCAAAGGAAGAGGAGAGGAAGAAGAGGAGGAGGAACCAGAGGAAGAGGAGGGGGAGCAUUGCAACGUUCAUCCGAGCUCCUUUUUUCUUUUUUCUUCUUCUUCUUCCCAAUACAUGGCGCAAGGGCUACUACACAAGCGGGACUGUCCUGGGUGUGAUCCCGCCGCGGUGAAUUUGGAUACCGGAGCAGCGGCGGCUUCAUCAGCAGCAGCAGCAUCAUCUUCCUCCUCCUCCUCCUCCAUCGGCGCCCACUCUGACUCCCCGUCCUCCUGGCUCUUCUGUCGGCUUUAUGUCGAGUGAUGGUCGGCUUGCCUUGCCGGAUGCGCCCCGCUCUCUCCGGAUCGUCGACGGCCGAGCCUCCUCUGACCGCAGACCCCCAUUUUCGGCGGAAACCUGCCCAGAGCUCUAAGGCUCCAUAUGGAAACUGGAGACCAAAAUUUUAGAAAAAAGGAAAAUCUGAGCGGUUAAUUAUUAUUUAUUUAUUUAUAUUUUGUAUUAUUUCCCCCCCUUCCCUCCCUCCAUUCUUAUUAUUUCUGAUAUUUCUGUUUUCCUGGCCUGCCGAUGAAUUAAUUCAUCAUUGAUUUCCUCAUUUCCAUCGUGUUGAUUUGAGAGAUUGUUCCUGGGAAGAGGACUUGAAUUGUUUACUCUCUUCUGUUAAAACGAGAGAAAUGCCUUCCGUCAUUCAUUUAUGACCCUCAACCGACUAACAAACCCUCUAGAAUAUAAUAAUUAUUAGUAAUAUUAGCUAACAGUGCAGUGAUACUGAGCUGUAAGCUGAUCUCAUGUGAAUCCCGCUCCAGCCUUUAGGAAGCAGGUUUGUUUUGAGCCUCUUCAGGUUUUAACUCAUUUCUGUAACUCCGUGUUUUUAUCCACAUUUGCAGCGUUUCUCGCUGCAUGUGGGGGCUACCUCUGCAGCUACAGGCCGUGUCGUUUUCCGCUUCCUGUUAGAGGAAAAAGUGAAACCCGCAGCAGAGGGAGAGACAUUCCUGCCUCUUCCUCUCCAUAAACCCUAAAUUUAGUCGUUCAUUUUUUCUCUCUUGGAGGUCCUCACCCAACGCAACCAUAAGGUUCCUACCGCAUCCUCCUCCUCCUUCCUCCCUCUCCUUCCGCUCGAGUCUAGCCCGUUUUUUCGGCUUGGUUUGGUCCCGCAAAUUUUCAAAUAUUUACUUCCUGUACAUCAAGAGGAAAGGGGGUCCCCCUUUCAUGGAAUGCGGAAACAUGGGUCUGUUCGACCGCGGAGUCCAGAUGCUGCUGACCACGGUGGGCGCCUUCGCGGCCUUCAGCCUCAUGACCAUCGCGGUCGGCACGGACUACUGGCUGUACUCCCGCGGCGUCUGCAGGACCAAGUCGAUGAGCGAGAACGAGACGAGCAAGAAGAACGAGGAGGUGAUGACCCACUCGGGCCUGUGGAGGACCUGCUGCCUGGAAGGAAACUUCAAAGGGAUGUGUAAACAGAUAGACCACUUUCCCGAGGAAACGGAUUACGAAGCGGAUCCAUCAGAGUACUUCUUACGUGCGGUGCGAGCCUCUAGCAUCUUCCCCAUCCUCAGCGUUAUCCUACUCUUCAUGGGAGGCCUGUGCAUAGCUGCCAGUGAGUUCUACAAGUCACGCCACAACAUCAUCCUCAGUGCAGGGAUCUUCUUUGUGUCUGCAGGUCUGAGCAACAUUAUCGGGAUCAUUGUGUACAUAUCAGCCAAUGCGGGGGACCCUUCAAAAAGCGACUCAAAGAAGAACAGCUAUUCAUACGGCUGGUCCUUCUACUUUAGUGCCCUUUCCUUUAUAAUAGCUGAGAUGGUUGGCGUCUUGGCCGUGCACAUGUUCAUCGACCGCCAUCGACAGCUGCGAAUAGGGGCGCGCGCCGCCGACUACCUCCAAGGCUCGGCCAUAACACGGAUCCCCAGCUACCGCUACCGCUACCGGCGCCGCUCGCGCUCCUCUUCCCGCUCCACAGAUCCGUCGCAUUCCCGCGACGCCUCGCCCGUGGGCCUCAAGGGCUUCAGCGCGCUGCCGUCCACGGAGAUCUCCAUGUACACGCUCCCCCGGGACACCCUCAAGUCGUCUGGCACGCCCACGGCCACCUACAACUCCGAGAGGGACCACAACUUCCUCCAAGUCCACAACUGCAUCCAGAAGGACCUGAAAGACUCGAGCCACACCAACACAGCGAACCGCCGCACCACGCCGGUAUGAGAGUCCAAACAGGUCCGGCGACCCUGGAGACACGGGAAAGCCCUGUGGGCGCGGUACGCCCCCCCGGAGAAGUUGGAUUUCCAUGUUUAUAGACAUUUUGUUUUGUUUUUGUUUAUUUUUGUUGAAAUGCAUGACUUCCAUAGCCAUUGUUGAGAGAGUUUCAACUGGACUGGUCCCGAGUAAGUGAAGAUCUGUCAUACUUUUGGACAAGUUUGUUUUAUUUUUGUUUGACGAUUCGGGGAACCAAAAAUCGGGUGGGAAGGGCAGGGCAUUACGAGAUAAUCAGUUCCAUGAUUUCAUUGCCCUUGAGUUGGUUUGGAGCAAAAGGUCGAGCUCCCCCUCAGUCAGCGUACCGCUAAGCAACAUCCGCCCUUUUUUAUUAUUUAUUGACUCAUCUGUUAAUUUUUUUGCAUUAAAACUGUGAAUUGUUACAGCUUGGGAUUCAGUAAGAAGUACCCCAAUCUGUAAUCUCUAACAAAGGUACUAUAUAUAUAUAUAUAUAAAUAUAUGUAUUACUUUUAUAAAUAAAUUAUUACGUUAAUAAUCAAGAGAUAACAGACUUUACCGAAGCAAAAAACGAAAAAAAA